UGGGUCCAUAACCAUAGACUGGAAUGUUUAUUUCUUCUUUCCUCUAUAUAACUAAUUUGUUCAUCAAUUGAUCUCAUCCGAUCCAUACACUUUACUUUUUCUUUUUAGACAAUUAACUGAAUCUAUGGCAUCAUCUUCUUCUUCUGCGAGUAAUUCACACUACUGUCCUCGAUGGAAGUACGAUGUCUUUCUGAGUUUCAGAGGAGUUGAUACCCAGAAUAAUUUUAUGAGUCACUUGUACAAUGGUUUAAAAAAUAGGGGAAUAUUCACCUUUCUAGAUGAUGAAAGGCUAGAGGAUGGCGAUUCCAACUCAGAAGAACUCGUGCAAGCGAUAGAGGAGUCUCAAGUUACUGUAAUCAUUUUCUCAAAAAAAUAUGCUACGUCAAGGUGGUGCUUGAAUGAACUAGUGAAGAUUAUGGAAUGCAAGGAGAAAGAAAAUAAACAAACAGUUAUACCAAUCUUCUGUAAUGUGGAUCCAUCACAUAUUCGAUACCAAAGUGAUAGCUUUGUAGAAGCAUUUGCCAAACACGAAUCAAGGUGUAAGCAUGAUGUUGAGGGGAUGCAGAAGGUUCAAGGAUGGAGGAAUUCCCUAACUGCUGCCACAGAUCUAAAAGGACAUGAUAUUCAUGACGGGAUUAAUCAAUCAAAGGAAAUUGAGCAGAUUGUCGACCACAUCUCUUCCAAAUUUUGCAGGAGUGCUCGUUUUUUAUCUUAUUUGCAAGAUGUUGUGGGAAUAAAUGCUCAUUUGGAGGAACUAAAAUCCCUACUUCAAAUAAAAAUCGAUGAUGUUCGAAUUGUUGGGAUCUGGGGAAUAGGCGGAGUCGGUAAAACGACGAUAGCAAAAGCCAUCUUUGAUACUUUAUCUGAUCAAUUUAAAGCUGCUUGUUUUCUUGCCGAUGUUAAAGAAAAUGCAAGAAAGUUACAAAAUACUCUUCUCUCUGAACUGUUAAGAAAAAAAGAUGAUUACGUAUAUAAUAAGUAUAAUGGGAAGUGCAUGAUUUAGAGCAGACUUUGUUCUAUGAAGGUGUUGAUGAUCAUUUGGAGUAUUUAGCAGGUGGUGUUGGUUGGUUUGGUAAUGGAAGUAGAGUUAUUGUAACAACUAGAAAUAGACAAUUGAUAGAGAAUAAUGAUGCAAUAUAUGAAGUGCAGAUACUACCUGAUCAUGAAGCUAUGCAAUUGUUCAAUCAACAUGCUUUCAAAAAAGAAGUUCCAGAUGAGUGUUUUAAGAAGUUCUCGUUGGAGGUACUAAAUCACACUAAUGGCCUUCCUUUAGCCCUCAAGAUGUGGGGUUCUUUGCUGCAUAAGAAAGGUGUAGAUAAGAGGAAAAGAAUUGUAGACCAAAUAAAGAAAAACUCUAAUUCAGAAAUUUUUGAAAAAACUCAAAAUAAGUUAUGAUGGAUUGGAGCCCAAAGAGC